GUGACCGGCUAGCUAAAUGCUAUCAGUUCACAUGACGAGAGAAGGUUUAUUCAGACACUGUAGCUCUGACCGACUUCUAACCGCGUACACAGCUUCUUUCUACCAGCAGGGACGGAUACAAAUUUAACGCUGUCAUUUCUCUUCGAGCGACGGAAAAGAACAACAGAAGAGCGACAACAGCGACGCUUCGGUUCAUCUAACGGUCCGUGAAGUCAGGUGCACUUUGAAGACCCACCUGCGCCCGCAGCGGCGGCGACACGGGACCACCGCGCCGGGCUUUUAUUCUGCUUUCCACACGGUGGGGAAGACAUUAAAAUAUCUGCGCUGUGAUUUGACUUCAAGGAUGAAACUCUGUCACGCUUUGGCCGCGCUCUGCAUCGCCUGUUUUGCCGGUUUGGGUUGCAUUCAGGCUGUUACACUGGAGGUGAGGGAGGGGAACUCCACCUGCAUUAAAACUGAACUCUCUGCAACCUUCGCCAUCACAUACAACACCUCCAGCAGCACAAGAACAGCGCAGAUCACUCUGCCCAACUCCACGACAGUCGACACAAGGAGCAGCUCGUGUGGCGCAGACGGCUCCCCGUGGCUGGUGGGGGUGUUUGGAUCUGGCCACACACUCGGCCUGAGCUUUUCCACCACUGGAAAUCAAUAUAAUGUGGCUAACCUGACACUGCAGUACAACCUGAGCGACACUUCAGUCUUUCCUGGGGCCAAUAGCUCAGAUGUGGUCACAGUGGUGUCUGCUUCAGUUGGGAUCUCAGCAGCGAUCAACACCACCUACCGCUGCCUGAGUCCUGUCACUGUUGAAGUCGGUGGAGCAUCCGUCACUUUCUCUGACAUGAGACUGGAGGCGUACAUGCCAGGAAAUGACCUAAGUCCAGCAGAAAGCGUAUGUGCGGCCGAUAAAACCACCACAACAGCUCCACCCACCACCGCCAGCACGACAACAACAACUCCAGCACCAACAACCCCUCCAGGAACUCCUGAUCAGGGCACCUAUUCUUUAAAAAACAGCAACGGCACUGUUUGUCUCCUGGCGCAAAUGGGACUGCAGCUUAAUGUCACGUAUUUGUCUCAGUCUCAGAACAAGACUGUCCAAGAAUUACUAAACCUGACUCCUAAUCUGACAAGUUCAUCAGGAUCAUGUGGAGCCGGCAAUGCUACCUUGGUUUUGACUCAGGAGCGAAUCACUACACUCAGCUUCAUCUUCACUUCGAACUCCACAUCCAAAAAGUACCACCUGAGCGGGGUAACCCUGCUCGCCAAUUGGUCCGACAUGGCUGUUCCCUUCUCAGCCAGCAACACCACCCUCAACUACCUGCAGAGUACGUGGGGCCGCUCUUACAAGUGUAAAGCAGAGCAAACUCUGGCUGUGGUUCCGACCUUCUCGCUCAACACAUUCAGAUUACAGGUGCAGCCCUUUGGCGUCACAACAGACCAGUUUGCUACAGCCGAGGAGUGUCAGAUGGACCAAGACCAGAUGCUGAUCCCCAUCAUAGUUGGAGCAGCUCUUGCCGGUUUGGUGCUCAUCGUCCUCAUUGCUUACCUAAUAGGCAGGAAGAGGAGCCAUGCAGGAUACCAGACCAUCUGAACGGACCCUUCACUUAGCUUAAACCUGACAGACGAAGUAGCGGAGAUUAACUCCAGUGUGUGAAUGAGCAAAAAAUACAGUUUGGACACGAGCAUGAGCGAAUGGAAGCUGUUGUUCCUCUGUGGCGAGUGCAUGUGUUUGUAAAAUCCUUUGUGACCACUGGAUGUUUUAUUUUCCCUUCCAUGCUCUCUGUGGAUGAUGAUGAGAAGCAGAAUAUCUGCUACCUUUAGAUCUUAGUGAAGUCUGAGAGGACUGAGACUUCACACCAUCAAAGAUGGAGUUUUGAAUUUGCCGCUGCAAGUUCACUGUCAAAGGUUUGGCUCUGAUCUCAUUUCAUUAUUUGCUUGAACCGCCUUUUUCUUUUUUGGUGUUUUAGCUGUGUAAUUAUUUAUAAAGAAUCAUUCAAGAGGAAGAGGGAGUCAAAUGAACCAUAGGAAAGUUCUAUUUGUUUGACAGUUAGAAAUAUUUUAAGUAGAUUUCUUGUGCUUUUUGAAAACUCCAUGAGGAUUUGAUGAUCCCACCAAUUCUAAGAAAAGGGAAAGCUCUGAAUGUGCGUCUUUUCCAAUCCUUUUCCUGUGCGGUGGAGACAGAUUAAAGCCUGUCCCAUCAGUGCACUGCAGUUUCAUUGAACCAAAUAAUUUUUUUUUUAAUUGUGAUUAUAAAUAUGUGCUGCUUUGUGCAGUGAUGAGGCCAUACAGAGUGCCACUGCAAAAUUUCCAUAGGCAUGGGUUAAUCUUCUAUUCUUGCUUUUCAGCACCCUCUCCCAACAGAAAUGUUACUUAAAUUAUAGGUAUUUCAUCUUUUAUUUUUACAGAAAAUGGCUUGAUCUCAUUUUCUAUUAUGCAUCUUACUUCAAGUUAAUAAAAAAUCUUUAAAGUCCA